AUGUCGGUAGUAGCAGGUGCCUCAGCUCUCCAGCAAGAAGGCCAAGCAGUGCCGCUGGAUGAUAUUUUGACUGCAAUUCGUUCAUAUACAUAUCAAAUGCGGCGCUGUUUAGAUGCAAAUCGCUUAAUGGAUGCGCUUAAGCAUGCAAGCACCAUUCUGUCAGAGUUAAGAAGUGAUCGUCUUGGUCCAAAGCAAUAUUAUGAAUUAUGUAAUAUUGGGCUUACAAAGGUUUCAGAUAUGGGUGUAUUUGAUGCAAUGAGAUACUUGUCGACUUAUCUUUUGGAAGCACAUCAGACAGAUCGUCAUCAUUUGACAGAUGUAUACGAGCUCGUUCAAUAUGCAGGAAAUAUUGUUCCCAGGUUGUAUUUGAUGAUUACAGUGGGAACUGUAUAUAUGGGAGUGAAAGAUGCACCGGUGAAGGAAAUUAUGAAAGAUAUGUUGGAAAUGGUACGAGGGGUUCAGCAUCCAAUUAGAGGAUUGUUUCUUCGUCAUUAUUUGUCGGGUCAAACGCGAGAUUAUUUACCAAUUGGUGUUUCAACAGGACCUGAAGGAAAUUUGAAUGAUUCAAUAGCGUUUAUUUUAACGAACUUUGUUGAAAUGAAUAAGUUAUGGGUUAGAUUUCAGCAUCAAGGACAUUCAAGGGAACGAGAAAGACGGGAGGAAGAACGAUCGGAAUUGAAAAUUCUCGUAGGAACGAAUCUUGUUCGUCUAAGCCAGCUUGAAGGGAUUGAUUUACAUAUAUAUAAAACAACUAUUCUCCCUUCGAUUAUGGAGCAAAUUAUUCAAUGUAGAGAUGUUUUAGCGCAAGAAUAUUUAAUGGAAGUUAUUAUUCAAGUAUUUAGCGAUGAUUUUCAUCUACAAACUUUAGAUGAGUUUUUGAGUGUUACAACAAAAUUGAGUCCUCACGUUAAUAUCAAAGAAAUAUGGACUAAUCUUAUUUACAAGCUUACUGCAUAUGUGUCAAGAGAAACUAAUGUUGAAAAUUUUGAUGAACGUGUAAGAAAGGAAAAGUUAGCAUUAGAUGCUUUGGGAGAAAAGCUUUCAUUUAUCAAUUUAAACGAAAAUUCUGCUGAUAUUAGUACAGAAAAUGAAUAUUCUGAAAGUUGUAGUACAAAUAAAGAAUCUGAUAUUGUAGAUGAUGUUAAAAUUGAUGUUGAUAGAGAAUCUGUAAUUCCUGGAGAUGUUAAACUGUUUGAUCUGUUUUGGGAACAAAUUACUAAAUUAAUUAAGGCUCGACCUGAUUUAUCUAUUCAAGAUAUAAGUGCAUUACUCGUUAGUCUUUGUAAACUUGCUCUUACAUGUUAUCCAUAUGAAUUCUCAUAUGUAGAUAAAGUUUUGUAUUAUUCCAGGUUAAAGAUAGUCGAAUAUGUUGAUAGUGUAGAUUUGCAUUCUGUGGAAUCUAGGGACAAUUUUUUAAAAUUACUUUUGGAACCCAUAACAUCUUAUUCAUAUAUUCUUACGGUUUUUUCUUUACCAAAUUAUAUACCUUUAUUACAAACACAGCCAUAUUCCACAAGAAGGGCCGUUGCAACUACUGUAAUACAAUCUCUUAUAAAAAACAAUAUUUGUAUUGAGGCUCCGCAAAUCCUUGAAGGUGUAAUAUGCCUUAUUAGAGUUUUAAUUGCUGAGGGAAUGAAAAUACCUCUUGUGGGGAACAUUCAACAAAAUCGAAGAAUUAAAGAUAACGAAACAGAUGAGACUUUAGAAGAACAAGGAUGGCUUGCGAGACUAGUCCAUCUUGUAUGUAAUGAAAAUCCAGAUAUUCAAUUUAAACUUCUUCAAAUAUUAAGGAAAAAUUUCUUUGAGGGAGGAGAGCGUAUUAAAUAUACUAGUCCUUCGUUGAUAACACAAGCUAUCAAACUUGCUAGGGCAUACAAAUUACAGGAACAUUUGGAUAAUGAAUGGAAUCAAAAAGCUUCUGCUGUUUAUAAAUUUAUACAUCAAAUUAUUAGUAGUUUGUACACUAAAGUAACAAACGCAGAAAUGUGUAUACGUUACUUUGUUAUUGCAGGACAAGUAGCAGAUCAAGGCGCUUUUGAAGAAAUUGCAUAUGACUUUUUUGCACAAGCUUUUACAAUAUACGAAGAGUCACUAUCUGAAUCAAGGGCACAAUAUCAGGCUGUGAUUAUGAUUGCUGGUGUUUUGCAAAUGACGAGAAAUUUUUCUUCUGAAAAUUAUGAUACUUUGAUUACAAAAUGUGCAUUGCAUGGAUCUAAAUUACUUAAAAAGCCUGAUCAAACACGCGCUGUAUAUUUUGCAAGUCAUUUAUGGUGGGUUACAAAUAUUCCAGCACGAGGUGAACAAAACGAUAACGAUCUUUAUCACGAUGGAUCAAGAUCAUUAGAGUGUCUACAAAAAGCUCUUAAAUUGGCAGAUGCAUGUAUUGAUACAUUAACAAGUACUGAACUUUUUAUUGAGAUCUUGAGUCGUUAUAUAUAUUAUUAUGAUCAUCAAAAUGAAUCUAUUCAUCCCAAAUUCCUUAAUGGAUUGAUUGAUUUAAUUCGGCAAAAUAUUGACAAUUUUGAUACACAAACUUUUGAACCAAAUAUUCGACAAUUUUCAAUGGUGGCUAGUACAUCAUCUAUUUUAGAAUUAGAAGGUAAUAUGCAGGAAUAUAUUAUUAGACAUUUUGAGAGGACUCUUGAUUAUAUUGCAUUAAGGAAAAAACAGGAACCAUCUCUUUGGAAUGCAAUUCAUACAUAG